AUGGCAGGUCUUUUUCGUCUGCUCAAGAUGCAGUACACACCUCCCACAGAUCCUCAGGGAAUCUCUUUCGCUGGGAAGACCGUCCUGUUGACGGGUGCCACCUCGGGUCUCGGGUUUGAAGCCGCCGUCAAAAUUCUCAACCUCGGAGUCGAGUCUCUGAUCAUUGGGAGUCGCAGCAUGGAGCGGGGUAGCAAAGCCAAGGCCGAGAUUGAGAAGUUGACCAACCGCCGCGAUGUCAUCAAGGUGUGGGAACUCGAAAUGAACAACUUCGCCAGUGUCAAGAAGUUUGCCGAGCGUGCCAACACAGAGUUACAGCGCCUUGAUAUUGCCCUGCUGAAUGCCGGGCUGUGGAACCGCGACUACAACAAAUCGUCCGAGGGCUGGGAAGAGACCUUGCAGGUCAACACCUUGUCCACCUCUCUGCUGGCCCUGCUUCUGCUCCCCAAGCUGAAGAGUAGUGCCUAUGACGCCAACCCGUCUCACCUGACUGUGGUUUCCAGCCAGCAAUUUGUUCGAGUUCAAGCCGAGAGCGUGCGUACCGAUGCACUGCUGUUGGAGCACUUGAACGAUCCGAAGAAAUUCAAGGGCCCCAAACAAUACGGCGUCUCGAAGCUGCUCCUUGAAAUCGUGAUGAAGCGUAUUGCCACCUAUGUGCGCAACCCCGAUGGGACCCACCCCAUCAUUGUCAACACUGUGAGCCCCGGUCUGUGUGCAACAGGCCUUGGUCGCCAGUACGACAAGUGGUAUGAGCAGUUGAUAGUGUGGAUUCUGUUCAAGUUGUUUGCCCGGACCACUGAGCAGGGCAGCCGCUCACUGGUUAGCGCCACCUACCAAGGAGUCGAGUCCCAGGGCAAGUGCUGGCGAAGUGAUGGCUAUCUCGAUGAGUCGAAUGCUCUAACUUCCCGAGCAGAGGGGGUAGAGCUUCAGGAGAAGGCCUGGAAGGAGAUCAUUGACGUGUUAGGUGAGCAUGCGCCCGAGGUGGACCUUGCAUUUGGGGGAAUCUAA